CAUCUACCGCAAGACCCGUAUGAUCAGAUCAAACAGCCCUCGCUGGAACGCACGUUAUGAUCUGGGCAAGGUGGACACACACUUGGGUCUGAAGGUUGAAGUCUGGGAUGAAGACUGGGGCAGAGACGACCGUCUGGGGUCAUGUACAAGGACCCUGAGGCAGGGGACACACAGAUUCACCUGCCCAGCCAAGAGAGGCGGCUUCGAGAUCCUGUACACUCUCACCUGCGACCGCCACCUGACCGGAGACAGGUGCCACCAGUACAAACCAUCUCCAUAAUGAGGAAUGCAUUCAGCAUACUGAGGUGGCACGCUCCAUGGCUUGUCUUUAACCAAGUGUGAAAUCAGAUCUGUUGAUUACUUUUUCAAAUGCAAUGAACCCGACAGUCACAUAAGUCUUAAGUAAAAUGAGUGUCACACCAUUCGGUUUCCAGUUUUAAAGAUUUGGUAAUACUUAUUCACUUCUGUAAUUUAAGUCUAUAUUCAGCAUCAUCUGUG